AUGGCAUCGUUACCGGAAAACAAUGUGAUGAGAUAUUGCUCGUUGGCGUUUACAAUCAUUGGGAUUGCUUUGACAGCGACUUCCUUGUUCACUGAUCAUUGGAUAGAUGUUGAAAUAAUCAACCCAAAAGGACAUGAUAUUUAUCUUCAUCGUGGUCUAAUGCAAUGGGUUUGUAUCAACCAAAAAGACAUCAGCGAUCGCAACUGCAUUGCCAAAUAUCCGCUCUUUCCCGGUUGGUUGAAAUCAGUUUUCACUUGCAUGUGCUUCGGAUUGGGUACACAGAGUCUUCUUUGUAUCUGUGCCUUGCUUUCACUAUUCAUCAAGAGGGGCAGAAUGUACAUUUCGGUCGUCUGCACUGCACUUUCGUUUACUUCAUUCCUUUUGAUCACUAUUGCCAUAGGAAUUUUUAGCGGACAAGCUAAACCGGUCUAUUUUGAGACAUAUAUCUACAAGGGGCUUACUGUUUUCUGUCACCUUGGAUGGUCCUACUGGCUCAGUGUAGGAGUGAUCAUAAUCUCAAUCCUAUGCACGUCUCUCGAAACCGUCCAAAUCUUUCUGAAUAGCAACAUGGGAUACACUUCAUCGACGCUCCCUCCAGAAGCGACAGCCACUUGGAAGUACACGAUGUGA